AUGCCUUCUAAUCGUCCUGAACGUCCGCGUGUUUAUGCGUCAGGUGACUUUAGUUGGAUGGAAGACGAACGUUACGGUGGUAAGAAGUCACUAUGGAAGCGAAUAAAAGAGGAACCACUUGUUCCAAUAGGUUGCGCACUCACGGCAGCCGUGCUACUUGGUGGACUCGUGACGUUUCAACGGGGCCAGUCUAAAUUGGGUAAUAAAUUUAUGCAGGCGCGUGUUGUCCUACAAACAGCUACAGUUUUUGCUUUAGCAGGAGGAGCUGCAAUGGCAUCAAGUGAAAAGAAAGAGAGAAAGAAGCAAAGCUAUGAAGAUCGAAUGAAGAUUGAGAUCCAAGACGAGUAG